AUUGAAAUACCUAAGCCAUUUAAUCUUCGUGUGACGAUUUCAUACAUGUUAGGUUAAUACCUAAAAGCACCUACCUCCCAUGGUAUUAGGUAUGUGCAGAUACUUUAUCUUAUCUCUCAUCUUCUCCGUAGAAUGUUGCUAGGUACUUAUCUCAUGUCGCCUGCACAACAUACAUUAGGUCCAUUCAUUACCUAGCUUUGAUUAGUUGCCCUGCUGUGACACUUCUACUGAUCAACAUGAAUUAAAUUUUCUUAUCUGAGUACAUCAAGUCUUCAGGCUCUCCCGAGGUCCUCAGUCAUGGCUGGAGCUGCAACUCUUCCCGUUGUCGACAUCUCAUCAGCCGAAGGCGUGGACCAAGCUCAAAUUGCCAAAGAGUUGGUAGAUGCCGCCAUCGACUACGGCUUUGUCUAUAUCAAGUGUCAAGAUAUUUCGGAGGAGCAAAUAGACAACGCUUUCAAAGUGUCGCGCAUCUUAUUCGAUUCGCCCGUCGAGGACAAGCAGAGAUGUAAGAUCGAGAAAAAUAAUCAGGGGUGGACUGGUAUGCAUACCGAGACUUUGGACCCCAAGACUCAAAGAGUAGGAGACUUCAAAGAAGCCUUCAACUUCGGUCCCUUUGUCAAUAGCAAGGCUACACAGCCCAUCCCCCAGACUGUCGAGCCUCAUCAAGCAGAGCUCGCCGCCUUCCGGGAUGCAUGCCACCAACUCUGCCGAAAGCUACUCCUACUCUUUGGCAUCGGACUGGGAGUGAAUCCGCCAGAUUUCUUCUCUGCUGCGCAUAAUCCCACUCUUCCGUCAGGCUCCAUCCUGCGGUUGUUGUACUACCCGCCACCUAGCAGAACACCUGAAGCGCACCCUGACGAUGUGCGCGCGGGUGCGCACUCGGAUUAUGGGUCCAUCACGCUUCUGUUCAGGUUACGCGGCCAAGCUGGCCUCGAGAUUCUCGAACCCCGCACAGAGCGUUGGGCGCCUGUCCCCGUCGAUCCGCCUAGCACCAGCGGAGACGCGAAUACCACCGCACCGCCGCCUAUUCUCGUCAACAUCGGCGACUUGCUCUCAUACUGGACAAACGGGCUGCUCCGCAGUACAGUCCACCGCGUCGCCUUCCCCUCGGCGCUAGAGGCCCUCGCGGCCGGCGAGUCCACCGCCGACCCGCGGUACUCCAUCGCCUACUUCUGCCAUCCGGCCAAUGACACGCCACUGGCCUCCGUUCCCAGCGAGCGUGUCAAGGCGGCAGGCCAAAACGAGAGCGAAACCGCUCGUAGCCAGGGCUUAGGUGAUGAUAAGAAGGUGCUGACGGCGGACGAGCACCUCCAGAUGCGCCUGCAAGCGACGUACCUACAGCUGUACGGGAAGGACGGAGGAAAGGAGGUAAGGAAGUAAGUGAAUCACAGACGGGAGGUGGUCUUGCGAAUUUGUUGGAUAUAUAGCUAGCAUCCAUCUGUAACGGAAGAUUUAGGAUCAGAUGUUUAGUAUUGCUGUGGAGAGGAAUCUGGAUUGUAGAAUCGUCAUAUUCAUCUUGGAUUCUCAAAUAUACCUCCACAUGGUAAUAUAUAUAUAUAAAUAAGUGAGUUAAAGCUGGAUUAGCGUUUCAGUCAGCUUGUUGAGCUGGCGCCGGGAAUGUAAAGGAUAUAGAACACCUACCUAAGAUAACCUACGCACAUUUACUGCUCCCCACUAGA